AUGUCUCUGCGGACCGCCGCGUGCACGCGCGGGCCACGCUCGGUGGCGCGAAGCAUCGCGUCGUCAGCUCGCGGUGCGCGAAGGAGGCCUUCGACCGUGGGGAGAAUUCGCGGCUCCACCGGCUACACGGUCGACGAGGGCGCCCGGGCGAUGGAAAACAGCCGGGGGCGCUCCGCGGGGCGCGCGGGGACGAGCGGGCAUGGUUCCGCGGAGCGUCCCGACGUUGCAUUCAGGCGCAGUACGCUGAGCGAAGACGUGCGAGACAUGCUUUGGGUGCCCCCCGAGGCCGAGGACCCGAGCUUUGGGCGGGAUGACCCGGACGAGGGUUGGAGUUUCGACCCCGCGAGCGGUCUGAUGGACCCGCGCGCGUCCCCACCGGCGACCGCGGACUGCGACGAUCGAACGGCGGCGAGAGUCCUCAGGGGACUCGCGCGCGCGUCGCUGAAGAGGAUCCGCGCGGGGGACAUGACGGUGAGGGAUGACGGCGCCGCGCACGCCAAUCUUCUGUCCACGCUGAUGGAGGACAUCAGACGCGGCGGGAUGGGGACCGACGGGCCGACGUCGACCUAUCACGCGCUCGCGUUGAGCCUGGCCGCGGUGGAACGCCGUUGCGUCGACCUGUACGUCUCCGCGGGCGGCACCUCGCGGGGAACGUCGCCGAUGCUCUCGGAGGUGCUCGCGUCGGAGGAAUUCUCCAAAGCCGUCGGCGAAGCGGGUGACGUCGCGGGAGGAAUCGGGCUGCUGGCUAGCGCGCUCCCGUGGGCGCUGCGACGCGCGUUACACCCGCGGUGCAUGAACCUUCGUAACGUCGUCUGGCACGGUCACAUCGCGCCCCCCGACGCGCAGCCGGAGCUCGCCGCCUUGGCGUUGGCGCUCGCCGCAUCCGUCCCGGCGCCCACCGGAGACGGAAGGGAAGGUGCCUCAGGGUCAGGGUCGGAGGUGGGCACCUCAGGGUGGGAAGUGGGCACCGGUCGAACGCUCGCGCGCCACGACGCCGAAUUGGUCGAUCACGUCCCGGAGCGCCUCGCGCGCGACGGGUGGUGGCGUUCGCCCCGCGCCGCCGACGAGGUGGCCGAGAUCGUGGCGUCGUCGACGUUUAUGCCCGACGGUUGGAGGGACGCGGCGUCACAUGCGGCGAGGGACCUGAUCGAACGGGGCGACGACGCGCGGUUCGUCGCCGUCGCGUGUCCCGCUCUCGAAAGCGCGCUGCGGGAGAUGUUCGCGGCGGUCAACGACGCCCCGGAGGCGCUCGUCGCGAGGCUUGGCGAGUAUUACGCCACCAUGGACGGUUUCGGGCAGUCACGCGUGCACGACGUGAUCCUGCAUCCCUGGCGCGCGCCGAUCGAACCAGCGCGCCCGGACGCGAGACGACCGAACGCGUUGCCGUCAAAGUUACCUCCGGGUGCGAGGAACGCCCUCGAGGACCUGUUCAUGCGCGACAGGGGACCCGCGCUGAGGGCGGCGUACGCUCACGGUUCGGUGUCUCUCGAUCCCCGGGCCGGGGACGGGGCGAGAGGGGGGGAUGGGGCGCGAGGGGGGGAUGGGGCGUGCGUCAGGCUCCUCCUCCUGAUCGUUUUGGACAUGUGCGUCGCGGGAGAGACGCUCGAGGACUUUGAUGGACGCUCGGACGGCGAUGGAUUUGACUCGUCGACGGACGCAAUCGGGAGCGGGCCGACCUCUUUCGCUCGUCCCACGCUCGCCGGGUACGAUGCGCGCUUUCAUCCAUCGGUGCGAUUCCGCGCGUCGCUCGAGUCGGCCUUUCGAUCCAUGCGGCCGAUCGCCGGUCCCUCGCCUCGGUUCACGUGCACAUUCACGGCCGACGGGGGGGAUGGUGACGGACGGGGUGGUGAGGCGCUCGUGCUGGUGUUUGACUCCGAGGCUGGCGGGGAAGACGGGAAACCAAACGCACGCGCGGGGUUCACGGAGAAGACCGACAAGCUCGGAAACGACUCCGAAACGCGAGAAACCGCGCUGAGAGAAAUCGUGAACGGGUUUCUGGACGUCGGAGAUGCCCCCGACGGCUCUUCCGCGGCGCUCGCGCGCUGGGUCCUCGGAGAUGAAAAAGUCGUCGCCGCCGCCGUCACCAGUUGCCCUCCGCCGGCUGGACCGUUCGCGGGCGCCGAGGCCCUUCGCGCGGCGGCGGACGAAGUCGCGUCGGCUUCGACGGCGUACGCGAGCUGGAUCGAGCGUCUGGUGGGCGCCGCCGAACGCAGGGAGGCGAGGAGUAAUCAGAGGCGGCAGCUCGUCUCGCUGUUGAGCCACCAGAAGAGCGUCGCGCUCGGACUGUGCGCUUUGCUCCUCGCGGCGGAACGCAUGGAACGAGUCGCGGGUGGGUGCGCAUCCGACGAGGCGGAAAUCGGCGCUUCAACGACUAAGCUCUUAUCGCAGGCGGCGAGCGUCAGGGCGGCGUGCGAGGCGGGCCAAGGAGCGGACGCGGCGAGGGCGGCUGUUGGGGCGUGGCAAACCAAGGCGGGGCGCGCGCUGCUCGAGACGUGCGUUCGAGCUCAACAGGCGAAACGGUUCUCGAUGAGCCAAGAUCAGUGGAGAUCUAGAAUAGUAGAAUAA